AUGCAGUUCACCAUCUCCGCCGCUGCCCUCAUGGCCUUCGCCGCCCAGGCUCUUGCCCAGGUUGCCGACUUCGACCCCGUCCUCACCCCCUCCAACUGGGAGCAGGUCCAGACCGGUGAGACCCUCGAGAUCACCUGGCAGGCCAAGCCCAAGUACUCCGGCGAGAAGAUCUCUAUCUCUCUGAUCGGUGGUGCUACCCAGAACACCCAGGUCCCCAUCAAGACCAUUGCCACUGGUGUUGACAACGACGCUGCUUCCUUCUCCUGGAAGAUCGACUCUUCCGUCGGCGACAACAACGUCUACGGUCUUGUCCUCAAGCUCGAGAGCAACCCCGAGGUCUUCCAGUACUCUUUCCCCUUCAAGAUCGAGGGUGGCAAGGCUGAGGAGAAGCCCACCAAGGGUGAGGAGAAGCCCUCCAAGACCGAGAACGACUACGAGCUCCCUACCAUGGCUCCCAAGCCUACCAAGGAGGCCUACCCCGUCCCCGAGACCACCGUCAUUGCUGUUCACGAGACCGUCACCGUCCCUUGCAACACCACCACUGCUGGUUCUCCCACCACCUUCGUCCCCAUCGUCAAGACUCACUACCCCGUUCCUCCUCCCGCCCACCAGGCUCCUCCUGCCAACAACGGCACUGCUCCCCACCCUCCCGUCUACACCCACCCUGCCCAGCCUCAGCCUCCUGUUGUUCCUACUCAGCCCGCUGGUCAGCCCCCUGUUUACGGACAGCCCACCCCUACUCCCGUCCCCGUCUCCGGUGCCGCCCGCUUCGGCGCUCCCGUUGCCGUUGUCGCUGGUCUUGUCAUGGCCGCUUUCGCUCUGUAA